GAGGACACGUGCAGCCUUCCCGAUACCACCAGCGUGGCUGACCAGGACCCCAGGCAGACACCUGUUACCCCAACAGCACACGUGUCCCAUCCCCAGUUCUGCUCCACCCCAGUGCAGGAAAUGGAGACAGUGGCAAGGCCAUACCCUGCAGCACCCAGGGACAGCACUCCUGCAGAACCCAGUGCCACUGUGGACAGGGCAGAGAGCUGCUCCUCUUCCACCUCCAGCUACCGCGGCUCCUCCUGCAGCCCAGAGAGGAACUGCAGCACUACCACUUUCAACAGUGACUUGGGCUCUCUGGCCAGCAUGCAGCUAGACUCAGACCUGUUGUCCCCAUCCCCCUCCAGCCUGGACAGCAGUAGCAGUGACAGAGGCAGUGGCUCAGAGAAAGACACUCCCCUCCUAUGCCAACAAAGUGAGCUCCCUCUGAAGCUAAGCCCUGCCCCAGCCAUCCCCACAGAGGCCCAAAGGCCUUUCCUGGAAGCAGGUGACUUACCCCGACAUGAAGUAAUCCAGCAAGUGACCCCAACCAGGACCAAGGCUGACAACAAGGCCUGGCUCAACAAACUGCAGUAUUUCAGGAGUAGCGGAGUCCAGCACCUCUUCCUGCAAGGUGUGGCACCCAACAGAGAAAUGCAUCAGAAGACUGAACUCAUCCCCAGCGGGAAGCUGAACAUGGUGCGUACCACCAUGGAGGAGAACUUCCUGGAAGGCACCUUGCAUUUCCUGAAUGACUUCGUCUCCUGCCAGCACUAUCCCCCCAAAGAAAUCAUCUCCCACCUGAUCAGACGGGUCCUGUUGAACCCCCACCAAAAGGAGAUGCUGAAGGACACCUACAUGCUGCUAAUGAAGAUCCAAAUGGUCCAUCCAGCCAACGCUGCCACAGUGGGAUGGGACUGGAUGCUGCUGAAGUACACCAUGGAGGACCAGGAGAAGGCCCCUGGCUGGGUCCUCUUCCUGCAGUACGUGGUGCAGACCCUGGAGGAUGACUUCCAGCACAACCUGAGGCUGCGCACGCUACAGAAGUCAAUUGCUAAGAAAGUGCUUUCAUGUGACACAUGCUUCAACAAUGUCAAGGAGGUGGUUGAAUGGUUAGUUGCAGCAGUUACAGGAGUUGGUUUCCCCCAGCCCCAGGAGCAGCCACAAGAAACUACAUUGUCUUCACCAGAAGCACAGGCCAAACACAGCUCAUCUGCACCAUGGCUGACCAGCACUGCCCAUGCAGAGGCAUCUCCACCAACUUUCUUCACCCAGAAGGUGAUGCUCCUGCUCCAGCGGAUGUUGUCCAUCGCAGUAGAAGUGGACAAGUCUCCCAACUGCAGCUCCUGCAAGAUUGCAGAUGUGAUAUUCCCAUUUAUACUGAAUAUUCCUCUGAGGAGCCAAAGGGAAGCUUUCUUAAACACUAUGGAGAGCCAGCUCCUGCGCUGCAAACUGCUAGAGCAGCUGUUCCAGCAUAGUUGUGACGUGCCCUCAACCUUGCACCUGUCUCUGGCCAAGAUCCUGUACUUCCUGAGCCACUCCUCUGUGCUGCUGCCAUACCAGGAUGAAACAGCAACAUGGCAGAGAUGGGAUGAGAUGCUAGAGUAUUUGAAUUUGCUGCUGAUGAGUUACCAAAACGUAGUACUGGGCCACUUGCGGAGCUCACUCAAUGACCGGAUGGAUUUGAUCAUUCAGAAGGUCAAGCCCAGGCUGCAGGCUGGUGAUGACAUCAGCCAGCUGGAUAUUCAGCUGAAGAUGGAGAACUUCAUCAACCAAAUGCAGCAGGUCCUGGGGCAGCCUUUUCCCCUGCAGUUCACAGAGAAACUGCAGCUGUUUCAGGAGUUGUUCCUCAUUGUUGGUGCUACCUGACAGCAACAACCACUG